UCCAGAGGCGGCGCCACGUGAGUCCCAGACUAGAGCCCAAGAUCAGGAGGGAGGUUACCGUAUUUAUCGAGGCCAGUGGGGGACCCUUGGUGCCGGGUCACUGCGGGCGCUCUACCGUAUUUGCCCGGAGCCGUGCAAGUCCUUUCUGGGAGUGUCAGUGCCGCGACUUAAUUACUUGUUUACUCAGGAUCGCGGGGUCCCGCGGGGGGCGCUGCGGGCACAGGGAUGGGUAGAUUGCAUGCAUUCCUCCAGGAGCUGGGACUGGCAGUCCAAAAGGGUGGGGGGCGGCAGCUGGGUGGCUGGGUGGCGGCCUAUUUAUGUUCCUAGGGGUGGGGUUGCGAUGCACAGCUUGCCACAUUGCUCGGACCCCUGAAUUGACAAGGCUGUGAGAGUCACGCUAGGUAGGGUGAGCUCUUGGGAUUAAUGCAGGGGUUUGACCAGACCAGCGCUGCAGGAGGCUUUUCGGCUUUAUGGGGGCGGGGGAAGAAGGGCGCAGCGCUGCGGGAGACUUAACUGUGUUUUCCUUGGGCUGCCCAGACUCUAGAGGAAAAAGCUGCUGCAGACUGCAGAAGGGGAGCAGGUUGGGCUGUGAGUGUGGCACCUGAUGGAGGGACAUGGGGGAGGGAUGGAAAACUUUGGCUUUAGACCCUCUGGGCCCUGGUCAGAGGUCUAGUAGGGAAAGUGGGAAGGUUGCCCAAUGACAGGACCAGGCUCAGAUUGGCUAAGGAGACUUUGAUGGGUCUGUCUUUGCAAAUGCCAGCACAGAUGUUUGGGGAGGGAUUAUGGGUGGAGACUCAGGGCAAAGGAUUCUAAUCCCUUUCUCCAAGGGGCUGGUGAUUGCAUCCGGAAGUGCCCAUGACAGAGCUGGUGUCCUCCAGGGGAGGGUCCCCUAUAGGGGACAGAGAGGAGGGUCUGGGAGACGAUCAAGGCCUGGUUAUCCACCACCCAGCGGAGGAACAGUCCCACCGCUGCCCACUGUGCGGGCAGACCUUCUCCCAGCAGCCUAGCCUGGUGCGGCACCAGAAAGCGCACGUGGGGGCUGGCCGGGCAGCCGCCUUCGUGUGUCCCGAGUGCGGCAAGGCCUUCAGCGUCAAACACAACCUGGAAGUGCACCAGCGCACACACACCGGCGAGCGGCCCUUCCCCUGCCCCGACUGCGGCCGCUGCUUCAGCCUCAAGCAAAACCUGCUCACGCACCAGCGCAUUCACAGCGGCGAGAAGCCGCACCAGUGCGCGCAGUGCGGUCGCUGCUUCCGCGAGCCGCGCUUCCUGCUCAACCACCAGCGUACCCACGCGCGCAUGCCCACGCCACACCCACGCCGUCCCGGUGUCUUCGGGGAACGGCGACCCUACUUCUGCCCUCGCUGCGGCAAGAGCUUCGCGCGUGAGGGCUCGCUCAAGACCCACCAGCGCAGCCAUGGCCACGGGCCUGAGAGUCAAGCAGCGGCGCAUUUGAGCAGUGUGCUAUGAUCUGUGGGAGACCUGCCACCACCAGCUGCCUCCAAUCCAGAAGCCGCAUCCAAGGGUGCUGAGUUGCAGUCCCCUGUCUGGAUGGGCUCCUGGGAGGAGGGUGGGGCCAUCUUAGGGUGUUGAAAGGCCUCCGGGCCACAGCCCCCUUUUCUUCCUGACCCUGGACCCCUUGGCUGGCUGCAUGUAUCUUUGGGCACCUGCAUUAGUUUGCCUCCUCUGGCUGCCUAGAGCAGGUGAGACCCAGGGCUGGCCAAAGUCCCCUGAGGUUUGAGGGUGGUGGGUGUGUAGUGUUGGCUGUCCAGGUCAGGACUGGGCGGUGGGGCCUGUGUUGGUUUCCAUGACUUGCUGCUUACCAGAUCUUCAUUCCCAGCGUGUCAGACUUGAAAGCGACUUGAAGAGGGACAUUUGUCACAGUUCCCAGGCCCAACCUUGGUCCCCAAAGCUCAGCCUCCUGCAUCCACUGUCUGGUGGCCUUGAGAAGCCAUUCCACUUCUUGUCUCAGUUUGCUUAUCUGUAAGUUGGAGAUGAAGAUGAGAGACGUUUCCUCUUCCCUUGGGUACCACGAGGCUUCACUGUUAUCAGAAGAAGCCAUUUGUCUGGAGAGUUGUACUAAUUAGUUCUGGAUUGUGCU